AUGAAGGUCGGUAUGCUUAUCAUCUAUGCAGGGCUAUACACCGUAUCUUUCGCCGCAAUUCCGAAAGGUCACGCUGCGCACUCUCAUGCCUCUGGGAAUGAUCAUAGACGUGACCUUACUGGGCUGUUUGGGGGCUGGGACGAUAACAGUCAAGGCGGGGAGACACAACAGGACGGAGGGCCGGGGCAACUUUCCGCGGACGCGCGCCCCACAGGCACGAAUAUUGCAAAGACAGACAGUAAUUCAAUCAAUCUACUCUCUCCGUUUACUUCCGAAUUUUCAUUGAAGACGAAGAGCGUUAGCACAAUGGCAACUUCAACAUCGGCGGUUUUUAGUUCCCAAGCUACAUCUGUUUCGAGCCUGUUGGUGUCCACAUCUACAGCAUCGAUUACUUCUUCCCUAGGACCGGUCCAUUCGUCUGGCGCAUUAUCCGCUACUUCCUCCGGAUCAUCGUCCACUUGGAAGAUUGUCGGAGUCGCAGUAAUUUCUUUCACUGCCGUCGCCCUAGUGCUUGUCGCGGCAGUUUUCUUCGAUCAUUGGCGGAAAUUCAUGCGAGACAUCCUCUGCAGGCGACGUUCGGACGACGGUCUGGAAGAAUUGGUGCCUGACUGGGAAAAGGCUAGCUGGGAGGUGCGCUUCAAGGACGACCGGCAUCGGUAUCCGUCAUUCGCCUCGAUUCCUGUCCCUGUGACAUCGGAGAACGGACAGUUGCAAAGGAAGGCUUCGGCUCAAAUUCAGGAUUGGACCAAGUACAAACGCCUCUCUAGUCAGAUACUUCAGAAUAGUUCCGCCCUCGUACCAGUUGAGAAGAUGAUGCCUUCGGCCGGCUAUCCAGCGCCUAUAGUGAACGCCUACCUCAGUCCUCACUCGAGACCUAAUAGUUCGAAUACUGUGAACCCUUUCAUCGACGGUCCGGGAGCCCCUACCCUGGCAAGCUCGCCUACCAUGAGCCCGAUAUGGAAUAGGACAUCUUCAACCUUAAAUAACCUGGAUUAUGUUCACUGGUCUGGUGUGCUCUAUAUUUUUAUUUUGGAAAGGAGUCUCAAUGUCAACAACUUUGAUCCCCAGAUUGAACACCUUGGAGUUGUGUCUGCCAUCGAGCACGAUGGCGGGGGAUGCACCUUGACUAUCACCGAUUCGGCAGCAAUUUUGUCUGAUUGCCACGCUGGUGACUCCAUCGCUGUGAACGGUGCGUGUUUGACGGUGACCGAAUUUGACAAGCAGGAGAGGGGUGGGUGGUUUAGAGUAUGGUUGGCCAAUGAAACGUUGGAGAGAACGGACCUAGGUGAGGCCUCGUCGCCCGUUAUCUUACCUUUCCUUCACGACUUCGGUGCGGUAGGAGAGCGGCAGAUAGGUGACCAGGUUAAUUUGGAGCGUGCAAUGGGUGCACACGUCCGUUUUGGUGGACAUUUUGUUCAGGCACACGUCGACACAACUGCGAUGAUCAUCAACAGAGUAUCUGACGGGGAUUCUCUGAGGAUAUUAUUCCAAAUCCCUGAAGCAACAGCAGACCGCCCCUCCCUCCUCCCUUAUUUAAUCCCUAAGGGCUACGUGGCCAUAGAUGGCACAUCUCUCACCAUUACCUCGGUAGACGACGAAAACCGAACAUUUGAGAUAAUGUUGAUCAAGCACACACAAGAAAAGAUCACGCUGAGCGGGAAGCCUAUCGGCUCGAAAGUGAAUAUUGAGGUGGACAUGGUUGGCAAGUACGUCGAGAAAAGCGUACACGCUGCUCUAGGUUACCUCAAGCCUAAGGUCACCGCGAGAGUUGACUAUGAUCGAACGCGCCCUGCGUCACCGUUCAAGCCCCAGGUCUCCGCUGCAUCCCCUCCUACUAUAAUGAAACCCAAGGCGAAGGUGAAUAGCAGCGCGACCGCUGCCACUCGCAGGGCACCGAGAAGCAUGUCCCCAGCUGGUGCGACUCGGAGCAGUGGCAUGCCUACCUCUCGUGCACCAUCGCCAUUCAAGCAGGUCUAUUCUAGCCCAUCCCACUCGCCCUCUACCCCGAGUUUCUUGAAGGCGCGUGUGACGACGCGGAAUAGCAAUUCACAGACAUCGUCUACUGUCACAGAGACUCGCCAGCGGGCGCUCACUACCGUGCCUUCCGACUCAGCUCUAUCUGCACGAGCUCGACAACGGCGAGGCAGUGUUUCUUCUAAUCUAUCCCAUGCUACUUCUCCGACGCACUCGGAACCACAUGUUAGAGGUCCGUCUUCUCCCGCUGAAGAGAACGGCUCAGCUAUGUCGGGAGUCGGGAGGGGUGUCAUACGUGUGAAAUCCAAGGUGUCGAAGGUUGCAGAGACAAAUGCACAAACGCCAUCCUCUGUGACUUUAUCCCCAUCACUUCCUUCCAACCGACAACCUCACGCGCGCGUUCCGAGUCUUUCUCUAACAGCUCCGUUACUGCCCGCGAAAGUAAAUACUUCACCGAUCGCGACGUCGGCGCAACAUCACCGAUUUGCUACCACUCGCGAAAAUACAACACAUCGGCCACAUACGUAUCAGCCAUUUCCUUCUAAUGACGAUCUUGCUGUUAACUAUGGUGGCUAUCCUGCACCUGUCAAAGUUGACCCAACUACGAUCCCGUUGCCUCCUCAGUCGCCACCAAUGUCAACAGUCUCUCUUUCGUCGCGUUCGUCGGCAUCUCGUUCAUCUGUAUCGUAUGAUACACAGCAUUCUGAAAUCAGUCGGAGCACGGCUCCUACUGUGCAUUCACGUUUAAAUGGCCACACGAAUAUACGACAUCCAGAGCAGGUCUCUUCACCUCAAGUGAGUUUGGAUGGCUUGGGCAUUCAUACGGAACUCAUUUCAGGAGAGGCUUCUUCAAGUGAGACGAGCUGGAGCGGAGAUGGCAUGGACCUCCACGCCUCCAACGAAGAUACGAAUGACCCAGAUCGCAAGUUGAAGGACGAGGCAAAGUCAAACAGGAAGAUUGCUGAUCUAGAAAUCACGAACCGUUCCCUCCUCGCAAUCAACUCUUCGCUUGAAGAGGCGAAACACCGUCAGGCGAAGGAAAUUCGUGAUCUAAAGCGCAAGCUCCGUGCUUCACGCCUCAUUCUUCCACCUCCCGCAUAUCGUGCGGUGAAGUCGUCACUUCCCCAUGAUGAUCUCGCCGAAGAUGAUGAUGUUGUUGAAGACGAGGAUGUCGAAGAAGAGCAAGCGAUUCUUGAGGGGAAAGAUGAUGAACCGUACCGCCGCGUCAAGAUUAUGGUUGAGGGAUUGCUCGAGUCUUGCCAGCGUGCUCUGGAGUCGAAGCCUGAGGACUUCGCUGAAUGUAGCAAGGGCGGCGCCAAGGUCCUUACUGAGGAGGAAGUGCGCACAUGGCGUGGAGACAAUGUCGAUGUCAGUUCUGGCUCAUUUGUGGAAGUGGAUCCGGAUGGGCUACCCCAGGCUGGCCCCUCUGAAAACCCCAGUGAUCUAUCAUCCACUGUUGCGGACUACCACGACGAUCUAGGGAGUGAGGACGAUGUGGAAAUAUCCUUACCCAAUGACAAUGACGUAUCUUCACCAACAUUACCCCCAAUCACGGUCACUCCUUCGGUUUGA